AUUCGUGUGUGUGGAAGUAAUGGGGUGGGGGAGUGCUGCUAAAAUAAUGCCGCGGCUGUCCUGAUAUCCCACAAUUCUACUCUCAGCUGCAUAGUGGAGUUUGAUAGGCUGGUGGAGAGGGGAACUGCAGCAGAGUAGCACCGCUGUCAGGAAACAGAAGCCCACUACGAAUGCAACUCGCAUAACCAUCUGAACGAAGACGGUUUACCUGUGUGAUUUACCAUGACAACUGAAUCAGGCGCAGACUCGGAGGCCAAGCAGCCGCAGGAGAACAAGGAGACGGAGAAGGGGAAAGCUAAAGCAGCAUCCCAGCCCAGCCAGGCGGCAGCCGAACCCACCUCGCCUCAGAACCAGCCGGAACAGCUUCCAGCCGCUGCCGGACACAGCACCCCGGCCAGGAAAGAACAGGAGCAGCAGGAAGAGGACCAGGUGUCCCACAGGUCGUCCACCAGUCGUCUGUCCAGGUCUCCUUUGAGAGGAGUGAAGAAGGUGAAGAUCAUGCAGUGUAAAGUCACCCUGCUGGACGGCUCCGACUACACACUCAAUGUGGAGAAACGAGCCAAGGGACAAGUGCUGUUUGAUAAAGUGUGUGAGCACCUCAAUCUACUGGAGAAAGACUACUUUGGAAUCACAUACAGAGAUGUAGAGAACCAGAAGAAUUGGCUGGACCCCUCCAAGGAGCUGAAGAAGCAGAUAAGGAUGGGUCCCUGGAACUUUGCAUUCAAUGUAAAGUUUUACCCCCCAGAUCCCUCCCAGCUGACUGAGGAUAUCACAAGGUACUACCUGUGCCUGCAGCUAAGAGAUGACGUGGUUUCAGGUCGCCUGCCCUGCUCCUUUGCCACACACACGGUGCUUGGCUCCUACACAGUGCAGUCUGAACUGGGAGACUACGACCCUGAGGAACUGGGCAGCGACUACAUCAGCGAACUGCGCUUCGCACCCAACCAGACCAAAGAGCUAGAGGAGAAGGUCAUGGAACUCCACAAGACCUACAAGGGGAUGACACCAGCCGAAGCAGAGAUGCACUUCCUGGAAAACGCCAAGAAGCUGUCUAUGUAUGGUGUGGACCUCCAUCAUGCCAAGGACUCUGAGGGUGUGGAGAUCAUGCUGGGAGUUUGUGCAAGUGGCCUCCUCAUCUACAGAGACAGGUUGCGGAUCAACAGGUUUGCCUGGCCAAAAAUCCUCAAGAUCUCCUACAAGAGGAACAACUUCUACAUCAAAAUCCGGCCCGGCGAGUUUGAGCAGUUUGAAAGCACGAUUGGUUUCAAGCUUCCAAAUCAUCGCGCUGCCAAAAGGCUCUGGAAGGUCUGUGUUGAACACCACACCUUCUUCAGGCUUGUAUCCCCGGAGGCACCCCCGAAGAAGUUCCUGAGCCUCGGCUCCAAGUUUCGCUACAGCGGCAGAACACAGGCUCAGACCCGCAGGGCCAGCUCUCAGAUCAUCAGACCUGCUCCGUACUUCGAACGCUCCUCCAGCAAACGCUACAACAUGUCCCGCAGCUUAGAUGGAGCUCCCAUUAUGGAGAACCACGAGACUCUGAUGAAGGACAGUGCCGCUGAUGGGGCAGCCAAAGUCAUCGCCAAGGGAGACAUUAUCACCACGGUAACGACGGAGAAGAAAGCAGAGGAAGAGAAGGCGGAGCAGGAGGACGCUCAGAUGGAUGCUGUGGAGACACCAGAGCCCGCUGCCACCACACCGCUCAGACAGGACACAAAGUACUCCCCUCCUGUAUACACAACCGACCCCCUCCGCUCCGAGCUCUCACUCCCCUCAUCUCCUGUUUCAUCAACUAAAGUGCGGCGGAGGCGCAGGGAGAACGCGCGCAAACGGGCCUCGUCGGUCAGUCCGGCCAAGAGCAGCGCCGGGUGCCGCCGCCGGCAAGCCCACGCCGAUCGCAAAGCCGCCCUGCUGGAGGAGCAGGCACUGCUGCUCUCAGCCCGCAAGCAGAGGCUGGAGCAGGGCAAGAGCCGCGGCGGCACGCUCUUCUCCUUCUCCCUGCACCUGCCCGACCUGUCCUCCAUCCUGGACGAGGAUGGCUACAUCACCUUCCCCGAUCUGUCGGAGAUGCGCUUCCUCCCUGAGUGCGCGCAGAACUUUCUCCCCAUUAAGUCACCCUCACUCAUCCCCUGCUUCCUCUUCAUCUUUUUCUUCCUGCUCUCCACCUCCUUCUCCGUCCCCUACGCCCUCACCCUCUCCUUCCCCCUGGCGCUGUGCCUCUGCUACCUGGAGCCCAAGGCAGCCUCCCUGACCGCCUCCAUAGCCCAGGGCUACCAUGACCAUGACAGUUCAGAGGAAGAGGAGACUGACAGCGAACAAACUGACUUUGCCUUUGAUGGAGAGAUGACCGCCACCGAGUCCGAAGCAGACGAGGACUCUGAGAUGCGGACUCAGGACUCUGAGCCUCCAGCGGAGGUGGUCAAGCACCAAACCAACAUCAGCGAACUGAAGCGCUCCUUCCUCGAGACCGGCGGCAGCACCACGCCAGGCAUGACGGAAUGGGAGAAGAGACUCUCCUCGUCGCCUGCGCGCUCACCCAAAACUGAUGAACCACCAAUGAUAGAGCCCCUGGAGCCACAGGAUACUAAAGAUGAGCAGCCCGCAGGAGAUGAGACAAAAGAGGAGGUGGAACCCAAAGUCACUCAGGCGACAGGAUAUCUGGUGAAAUACGUGGUGGAUAGUAUCGUAACUGAUGGGGCCACCUCCUCGGGGCCUCACGGGAUUAGUCUGUCAACCACUAUGGACGACGAUGUCUUCAUGGACGGGACCCUCAGGGAGGUGGAGGAGAAGACGCCUGACUCACAGGAUGAGGUGUCAGAGAGGUCGAUGGUGAAGGUUAGCCCAGGAGCUGUCAGACAGGAAGUGUCCCAGGCCAUUAGUGACAAGAAAGGGACACUCAUUAUCUUGAAGGAGGCAGAGGAUAAAGUAGACACCGAGGGUAAAGAGAUGGGUGAAAAAGAGGAGCCUGAGGACCCUGGAGAAGCUGAUGCUGAGGAGGAAGAAUUGCUGCCUGCUUUGAGAGAGAAAGAAACUGUCAAAGAAGACACUGCUGUUAUCAUAGAAGCCCAAACCACAGUAGUCAAAACAAUGAGUCCAAAAACUGAGAUAAAAACUGAUGACAUGACUCAGAUUAAAGCUACUGACUCACCUAAAAAGGCCAUGGCAUCAUGGAUUUCUGAGGAGGUGAAGACCGGGGCAUCAGAGAUCAUCAGUGUGUCUACAAAGAAAGUCAAAGAAAUGACUUCUGAAAGUCUGCAGCAGAAAGCAGAAAUCUUUACCUUUGAAGAAGUCCACACCGAGCAGUCAAAGUCCAGCCUGACUCAAAUUACAGUUUCUGAAUCUUCAGCUACAUCCUUAGCAGUGUCUACACUGGGAUGGGUUUCCUCCUCUCAAAAGACAUCCGCUGAUCCAGAGGAGAAGGCAGUGGUUGCCACGGAGACAGAGGCAGUGCCAGCUGAUCUUGAGAUCAGUGAAGUAGGUACCAAAGAGAUGCCUGUGAUCCACACAGAGACAAAAACCAUCACCUAUGAGGCUGCAGAGGUCGACACUAACGGUGACGCAGACCCCGGGGUGUUGCUGAGCGCUCAGACCAUCACCUCGGAAACCACCAGCACCACGACAACCACACACAUCACAAAGACGGUGAAAGGAGGAAUAUCAGAGACAAGAAUCGAGAAGAGGAUCGUCAUCACAGGAGACGCAGACAUCGACCACGAUCAGGCUCUGGCUCAGGCCAUAAAGGAGGCUAAAGAACAGCAUCCUGACAUGUCAGUGACCAAAGUAGUGGUACAUAAAGAGACAGAGAUCACGCCAGAGGAGGGGGAGGACUGACCCAGGAGUAAACACCGAGGGCUGUUUUCUGUUCAACCUCCCACAAUCCAACAUCCAGAACUCCUCAUAUUAACGCCGGGACUCUCAGAAGACUAGAAAGGCUCCUUACUCUCCAAAUGCUGCAGCUCGCCGCUAGUCGCAACCAUCAACUGCAAAAUAAAUAAGCAUUUUGCAUGAGAAGGAUGCAAUGUUGCAUUAUCAAACAAAUGGCAAGAUUAUACAGAAAACCGUACGAUUUUUAAAAAAUGGUUCUCAAUCUCCAUCUGCACGCCGAAUCCCUGUGUGCAGCAAGCAAAACCUUUUUGCUUUCACUGCCUUAUGACUUUGAUGCAUUUUUAUGAUUACUGAGAAUAAUUAUUGUAGCAACAUUUUAUUUAUGAAAUAAAGCCAUCACUCCAGAAACUUUAAAUCGCCGUAGGCUGUACAUGUUAGAGAGCAUACACUAUUUAACCUUGCUGUAGAAGUGCCAACCUCAUUUGCCAGCAAGCAUCGCCUCACCCACUUGAACAACCCAACGAUUUUCCGUGAGGUGUGUCACUACAGAAAUCACUGCAGCCCAGUACUGUACAUAUCAAAGCUUCCCUUAGGAAAAUAGCAAAUUAUCUUUCACAGUUGAUUUUGUCAUGUCUACUUGAAUUGUGUUUUUCCUUUUUAAUGAUCAUUUCAGUAUUUUUAUUGUUUCUCAUCCAUUGAUUCCAUCACCACGACCAUCUUUUUCUUUUUUUUUCUUUUUUUUUUUGAGGUCUAUUACGGCAAAACGCCAAGGAAUCAAGAAUUUCUGUGCAAGAAAUAGAUUUUUAUGUGCCUGUGCAGGCUUUGAAUGUUCUCCAGGGUAGAUGAUCGGCUGCAGCACAAGUCCCCAGGUUUGUGUGACUGUGAGGCAAAGGGCUCAGACUGCCGAGCUACGCCCAAACUAGAUGCAAAGCCAAAAGAGAUCUGUCAACCACCCCCCCUUUCCAUCACUACCACCUUCUGAACAUGUCCGCUGUAUGCCUCCCUCAUAUGUUUAUCUGUAUCUGAAUAACCAAGUAUUGUUCAUGUACAGCCAUGUUUUCCUCAAAAUGGUGAAAUAAAAGUGGCAAAUGCAUUUGUUUUUAAUUUGCUGUUUUCUUCUCAAAUAAUAAAAUGUCGACCACAGUAAUGAAA